AUGGAUUACAAAGGCAACGCGGCGGGCAACACGGAAGAUCUGUUUGAUCUUACGGAUAAAUUUAAUGCUCUACCUGACGUCGCGGAAUUUAGACAAGGCCAAGCAGGCACUGGGCGAGAUGGCGUACUCGCCGCGCGUGCACCUAUUGAAACUGAUGGAAGGCGUACGGGCAGAGCAAGUGCGCACUGCUGUAGGCGGCCAACAAGAUCGAUCACCGCUACGCAGGGCCUGCGCGCCUUCAGCAUCCAGCCCGGUGGCAUCCAGACCGGACUGCUGCAGUACAUGUCGGAGGAAGAGAAGAGCGGGCUCACCACUGAUCCGACCCUGGGCCUCCAGUUCAAGAGUCUCCCGCAGGGCGCCGCCACUUCUGUUUGGGCCGCCCUCUCGAGAUCCCUGGAGGGAAUGGGCGGGAAAUAUCUUGAGGACGUGCAGAUAGCCAAGGUGUAUGACGCCAGCGAGGGCCAGUGGGCGCCUGGCUAUUUUCCGCACGCGUACAGCUCGGAAAAAGAAAAGAAGCUGUGGGAUGUGGCUCUGAAGUUGGUCUUUGUGGACGAAUGA